GUUGGAAUUGAAGACUGCCUUCAUAUUGAGUUCGAGUAUAACAAGAGCAGGUACCAUCUCCAAGACGUUAUAGUGGGGAAGAUCUACUUCGUGUUGGUUCGUAUUAAAAUCAAGCAUAUGGAAAUCACAAUAAUCAAAUCCGAAACUGUCGGCUCUGGUCCCAAUGCUGCAAAAGAAACUGAUCCUGUGGCGAAAUUCGAAAUAAUGGAUGGUGCUCCUGUCAGAGGAGAAUCUAUUCCUAUUCGCCUUUUCCUCGCUGGACACGAUCUGGCCCCUACCAUGCGUGAUGUUAGUAAGAAAUUCUCCGUUAGGUAUCUUCUGAACCUCGUUCUGGUUGACGAAGAGGACAGGCGAUACUUCAAACAGCAGGUCUUUUAUUUUCUGAAAGUCUAUUAA